AAAAAGGGAGAAAAAAAAACAAUUAUAUUCUCGGGCAAUGAAAGUAGCAUUGGCAGUCUCAGCCUUACCACACCACUGCAAAGUACGUGGGGGUUAUGGAUUCAUGGGAGAGUUCGAGUUUCCUGCGCCAAUAAUACACAGUAAAACAUGACUGCCUGAGGAACUUGGCAAUCAGGUACAGAACUCCGUAGGUAAGUCGCCCAUACUCCGAGUCCGCUCGAGACUUCUUGUUCAGGUGGAAAAGGUUAGGUUGGUACCACCAGCGCGGAAGAUCCCAAGAAAAGCCAUUCAAAUGCCGAUCACGAUUGGUGCGUAUCGCAUCGUGGCUGAUUUAGUGCCGUCGCAAUUCUCCAGCGCUACCAUCCACCCCGAUCCAACCAGGCCAAUAAUGAGCACCAAUUUAACCUUGCAGCCUGGUACUACUUGGUUCGUUCAGCAGCGUCAGCGAACUCUCCAGCCUUAUUUACCUUCCGAGUCUCUUCCUCCCUUAGAAACCCAUGGGUUGUUAUCCUGGACGAUCACGUACCACAAUGGUGGCCGAACACUUGACCAUUCGCAAUCUCACAUCCACGCCAAUUACCCUGAAGCGCAUUGAGCGUUUUCAUCCGCAUCAUGAUCGUAAUAUUCAACAUUUUGCUAGAAACUUCACCCGAGUCUUUACCAAUGUAACCCGCACGAGUGCGCCGGUCGCCGCGAUCACGGAUGACAAUGAACCUUUUGUUCAUGAGGAUUUGGAUAUUCAUAUCGAACCUUUCCAGACAAUUCACACUGAGCUUCGCACGUUUAUCGACUCGGAUAAAGAGCGCGUACGCUGGUUCUUCGAAGUGGAAGGAGAGAGACACCAAGUCCAGACUCCCGUGCCCACGUCGGAGUCCGCCACUAUGAAGGCAUUGUGCGACGAGCCGCGAUUCAAACUCACUGGUAUAUAUGUGACGCCCGAGGCUCAUCUAUCAAUCUACUCCUCCGCCAACCUGAACGCGUGGAUGGGCGAGCUAAAGGACGACACCUUGCUCUCCUCUCUUUCGAUCCCAGGCACCCACAAUUCCCCAACCUGCCAUGUUGCGCCGCCCUCCGUUCGCUGCCAAGCAGUUAGCCCACGAGAACAGCUCGAAAACGGUGUGCGAUUUUUUGACAUCCGUGUGCAGCCACAGUAUCCAGAAGAUGCCGACAAGGAUGAGCUUGCUUUAGUGCACAGCGUCUUCCCCAUCUCUUUAACGGGGAACAAAUACUUCCGUGACUUGAUGCAUGAAGUAAACGAAUUCCUCGACCAGAAUCCGUCGGAGACCCUGAUCAUCUCCCUCAAACGGGAGGGACCCGGCGAGCACACCGACCAGCAGCUCAGCCGGAUUCUGAGCGAUCACUACGCACGUCCAGACAGUCGGUGGUACACAAACCCCAAGAUCCCCACUCUCGGCGAAGUGCGCGGUAAGGUUGUUCUUAUCCGUCGGUUCGACAUCUUGGAUCAUCUCAAGGAUAUCCAUGGGGGCGCAGGCUGGGGAAUCUGUGCCUCGGGCUGGGCCGACAACUGUUCCAACGCGACUUGCCCCAGUGGACAAUUAUGCAUCCAGGAUUUCUACGAAGUCUUAGAGACAGAGAACAUUGGCGAAAAGAUUAAGUACGUGCAGGAGCAUUGCUUCCGGGCCGCUGAGACCUGUUACCCGUUCGGCGUGCUUCCGGACUCCGAAGCAACCAGGGCACAUCCAUUUUAUAUCAAUUUCUUAAGUGCGAGCAAUUUUUGGAAACUUGGCACUUGGCCGGAGAAGAUUGCAGGUAAGCUGAACCCAGCGGCAGUUGAUUAUCUCUGCCGGAAGCAUGGUGAAAAAGAUGACCGUGACUGGUCCACCGGUAUCCUUGUCACGGACUGGGUUGGCUUGGAUGGCGACUGGGAUCUUGUGCGAUGCAUCGUGGGCAUGAAUGCUCGGUUGAAACUGAGGCAAGACAGGCAUGAAGGUGACAACUAGAUGACACGGCGUAUUAGCUCUAUAAUGUUGUGCUUGUACUAGGGCAUGGAAUUUCUGUUACAUUUACCCAACCUGUGGCCAUCCACAAAACCCACAAUGAUAUCCACAACUGCACCUUUCGGGUUUG